AUGUCAAGGUCUCGCGGUGGUGCUGGCCCUGGCUUCCGUAAGAAAGAUCUGCCAACAGAACCCCCUUUCACUGCAUACGUGGGAAAUCUCCCCUUCAACACUGUUCAAGGAGAUAUUGAUGCAAUUUUUAAGGAUCUCAGUGUAAGGAGUGUACGACUAGUCAGAGACAAAGAAACAGACAAAUUUAAAGGAUUUUGUUAUGUAGAAUUCGAUGAGGUGGAAUCACUUAAGGAAGCUCUUACAUAUGAUGGUGCACUUUUGGGUGACCGAUCACUCAGAGUGGACGUAGCAGAGGGCAGAAAUAAGGACAAAGGUGGCUUUGGCUUCAGGAAAGGUGGCGGACCUGAAGAAAGAGGAAUGGGAGGAGGAGGUCCUCGAGAAUCAAGAGGAGGUGGAUGGGAUUCCAGGGAUGACUUCAGUGCUGGCUUCAGAGAUGAUGACUUCUUAGGAGGCCGGGGCAGAGGGACUCGUACUGGAGAUCGGCGAACAGGUCCUCCGCUGGCAGGGGGAGGGACUGGCCGCUUUAGAGAUGGACCUCCCCUCCGUGGGACUUCCAUGGACUUCAGAGAGCCAACAGAAGAGGAAAGAGCACAGAGGCCCCGACUUCAGCUCAAACCUCGAACAGUUGCUACCCCCCUCAAUCAAGUAGCCAAUCCUAACUCUGCUAUCUUUGGCGGAGCCAAGCCCCGAGAGGAAGGGGCAAAAGAGCAGCACGACUGAGCUUGGGGUUGAGAUGGAAUGGGAGUGGGGAGGGGGGAGGGGGGCGGGCAGGAAAAUAAGCAAGACAGCACAGAGUGACUAGCUCUGCUGGAACGUCAACCCUGCAGUUACCAUUCCUGCCAUCUGACAUUUUGUCCUCUUUGAAACCGAAAACACAGAGCUUGUGAACGCAUGUCAGCUGUUAACAAGUGGUUUUUAGUACGUUCUUGGCUUCGCUGUAUCUAGUGCCUGCUUUGUGCUGAGUUUUCCCUCUUCUGUUUCCUUCCAAGCAGCACAGUUUCCAGUAGAUCAUUUAGUAGCUGCUUCCACCUGUGUGAAGGUCCUGCUGGACAAAGGUGCUGCUUUCCUUCCUCUUCUGGGUUUGUUUUACUUUAGAAGCAUAGGUUAGACUUGGUUAAUAUCCUGUGCCAUUUCCUUUUGGCUUCCUCAAUGCUCCUUUUCUGCCCUGCAUGUUUUGUUCUGAAUUGCUGUGGCUCUAAAGAGGUAAACUGAAGAGCCCUGGCAAAUUGAACAGUUCAAGUAACUUGCACAGCCCUGACCCUGUAGAAUUAGGUGCCGCCUGUGACAGUGGCUAAUAGGAUUACCACAUACCACAAGAGCACUCAUUCUGAAAAUAAGAGUCCUUUUAGGCAGUUCACAGGGAAGAGACUGCUUCUCAACAGAUAGAAGUAAAACGAUUUGCAGGCAGGCCUAAUUAGUUAAUGACAUUUAUAUGAAGAAAGCACUUGCUUCAGUAGGCAUACCUUGAGGGGAAAGAUGCAUCCCACUAUUAUGUAACUGGCUGUCUACAAGUAGUAUAAUGUUACACUCUUGAGCUUGAGGUUGGUGCUAUAAAGCUGUGCCUAUUCUAGCACAUAACUGCUGACUGGCUCUUUCUGCUUGUAAUUUGAGUUUCACAUGUUUGGUAAAUUUUUAAAGUAAGUUUCUACAAAUAAAGUUGACUCUUUUUUUUUUUGUUUGUUUGUUUGUUUGUUUGUUUAAAGAUACUAUAAUUUGCCAUGCCAUGUAUGUCUAUCUGCCACCAUCUUCUGUACAUCUUGACCCAGUCGUGUACAGCUGACAGUAAUUUUGCUUUUGGAAUGGCCUCUAAAACGGGCAAGAUUUGAAUCUUUACCUCCUUUCAUGAUAUGAAUUGUGCUGCUUGGUGUGUAAAGAUUUUUGGUAAUGGUUUCUCCAGACAACAGUUGCCUAACCUCCUUGACCCUCAAAUGCACUGUUGUCAGGGUUGAUGAGGGCAUGUGAGAAAAGCGAUCCUGAAUAGUUUGUAAUGUUGUAAAAAAAAAAAAAAAUACAAACCUUGGAGCUGUAAAAAACUGAGAAGACAAGUCCAGUGUGAAAUAACUCUUGGGUUCCUAACAUCAGUGCUGACAAUUUUCAGAUAGCAGGCAAGCAACAAACAUACUAGAGCACCUCAAAGAGGACAUAAGUUGUUUGAAAGCAAGGCUGCUUCAGUACCGGCUCUGUUGCUAGUACCAUAUUCUUUUCCUUCCUGUUAACCUUUUGUAACAUCAGAGUCCCAGCAAUUUACAGAACUAUUCUUUCCUUCUUUCUGCCUAUCACUUAAUCUGCUUCUGACAUAAGAACCAUUUGUCUAACACGAAUACUUAAGUUAAGACAGACAUGCAUUUGUGUGGUUGUAUUCCAAACCAAUAAUAUUUGACCUAUUUUACAUCAUCAAUGUGGAAAAGAUUUUAAGAACAAGAAAGCUCCCAUAUAAAAGCUCACUUCUAGUCAAUACAGUUGACUUUUAAAUGUAAGGGGAAAAAAAAGGAAAAAAAAAAAAUCCAAACACUUAACACAUUCUGCUUCAUAACAGAAAGUAAAUUUAUGGAUAUGGUAUUUUGUGAAUGAUCUUUUAAAUAAAAGAAGACAUUAAGUAAUACUUAAUGCUGGUCUUUAUUUCUGUGAGUCUCCUACCUUGUUUCAGUCCUCUGCAAUAUAACGUUGUUUCUGAAGUUUUUCUCCAUCUAUUUAACAAAGGAGAACAUUGUCAGUAUUGGACAUUUAUGAGAACUCGGGUAUACCAUAAAGUCCAAUAAAGAUGAAUUGGAGAGAGAUUCUCAUCUAAACGUAACUUUUGGGAGCAAGUAAGAAUGGCACACUAGUGAUCACUUUUUUGGUAAAUGCAUCUAAAUGCUUUUGUUUAAGAUAAUUUUGCCUAAAGCAAUCCUAGUUUUCCUUCUCUUUGACAAAUUUCUUUAUUGGAGUAAACAGUCAAGGAUAUUAGAUGCAGAGCAGCACUCUUUCUGCAGAAUUUGAUGUAUCACUUGGUUAAAAUCUGUUUUUUGAAAAAGAGGCUUUGUUCUAGUCCUCUUGCAGGGCCUCUUUUAAUCUAGACUAAGGCAAAGUAAUCAGCCCUAUCUGGGCAUGUCUGUGAACUGUUUCUGGGAUUGAUCUUGCCCGAGAAAACAAAUAUUUCACACAUUGAUUGGACUCAGGUAGUGGGGGAGGGGACAGUUAUAGCAGUUAAGUAAAGGAGAGUUGGGAAUGAUUUGGAGGAGAAUGCUGUAAAAUUCAAAGCUCCAAGCUGAUUGGCUCCUGCCAGGUCAUCUGUGUGACUUGUUGGCUGCAGUGGAAAAUAGCAUGCUUGCUUCUGUGGGAUAUAGGGUAUUUUCUGUGCUUACUUUGAUAUCAUGGUACAAAUCCAUGUCCUAAGCACAAAGUAGGAAAUAGUUGAAUUGUUGAUGAACUUAGUGGUAUAACCUGUAGUAAAUAGCAUUGAUGUGGAUGUGAAAAACCUUCAGUUUCUCUGGGGGAAUCUAGAAGUUUUGCGUUGUAAAUCAAAUAAGCUGUACUGAAUUAAAAAAAAAAAAAUCACUUCUUUUUAUUACUGGGACUUGCUGUAUUAGUGUGUAACUUCUGCGGAAGCAGCUCAUUGUUCAGGUGGCAAACUGACCGUGAUCAACCUGUCCAACCAGGGGAUGUUUCCUAUCCUCAGUGCAGUGAAACCCACCUAGUACAGAAGUCUAAUUCUAAAUUGAAAUAUUUUUUGUGGCGAGGGAGAAGGGCAGGGGGUUAAGUUGCAAUAGGUACUUGAAAGAGAAAUCGACUAUCAAAUUUUUUCUCUUGUCCAGUUUCUUUAUUUUUGGUUACUAGGGUUUUAAGAGCAGGAUAUCCAAUAGCAAGAUCCUUGUCUUUAGAGUUGUAUAUAGUUUUGCUGUCCUGGAAAACUACAAGUAUUUGAGGGCCCAUAUGUCUUGCCUAGCUUCUGUCACAUUGUGAACAUGAGUAUGGAGAAAGAAGGUACUGCUUUGCAAAUUUUUCAAGAUGCUGGCAGACUUCUUUGUGCAAAAAUUGCUAUAGUUUGGCCUUUUGUAUGUUUUGCUCAAGUUGAGUUUGUCUUGUAUCUCUCUCGCAUACAGUAUGUUGUCCUUGGAGAAAGCGAUGCUAGUGAGCCUUGGUAUAGGGUGCUACAAGAUAAGUUAGCUGUUUACUUUUAACUACCAUCUUUGGCAUUUCAAAUGUUAACACUGCAGAAAUUUCCUUGAAGUCAAGACCUGUGAUCUUUAUGGUGACAGCCCUCAAAAUAAAGACUGAAAUCUG